AUGACGAGAACAACAGCGGAAGCAGCAUCUCCAUCCUCAGAGAAAGCACCAGGCCCAACGAAGCAGCUAUGCAACUGGAUACCUUCAAUAUCGCUCGACCAGGUCCCUGAUGAAGUGCAAACACGAGCCAAACAUAUUCUUCUGGACGGUAUUGCAACGCUUCUGGUCGGAGCGCAUCUUCCAUGGUCUGAAACCGCCGUGCGCACAGUCUUCUCAUUCGAGCCACCAGGAUCUGGGGCAUGCAAUGUGUUCGGAUGGGGCUCGGAGACGAAAAUCACGCCGCUACAAGCAGCGCUUCUCAAUUCGACAUUCAUCCAAGGCUUCGAGCUUGAUGACUGGCACUCGGAGGCGCCGUUGCACAGCAAUUCAUUGCUCAUUCCAUCACUUCUGGCUGUGGCACAGCACGAGGCCUCUGUGUCAAGCAACAGCGGUGGACGACACAUCACUUCCGGCAAGGACCUCCUACUUGCAGCCAUAGUCGGGUAUGAAAUUGGUCCACGAGUCGGCCUUGCGCUCUACGGACCAAACAUAUUAUCAACAGGCUGGCACUCAGGCACUGUGUUCGGACCACCCGCCGUGGCUGGUGCGGUGUCGAAGUUGCUUGGGUUGAACCCAGCUCAGAUCGAAGACGCAAUGGGCACCGCGUGCACACAAGCUUGCGGCCUCAUGUCAGCACAGUUCGGAAGCGACGCCAAACGAAUGCAGCACGGGUUCGCGGCACGAAAUGGACUGAUGGGUGCCCUGCUUGCACGAGGUGGCUACAGCGGGAUCAAAAAUGUCUUCGAGGAGCCAUAUGGUGGCUUUCUGGAACAGUUCAGCAAAGGCAACGGCAAGACACCCAGCUUCUUACCUGACGAGAUCGUUAAGAACCUGGAAGUGGACUGGAAGACGAAAGGCGUUAACAUGAAGCCAUAUGCUUCAAUGGCGGCGACUCACCCAACUGUGGACUGCGUACGGAUCUUGCAAGAGCGGCACUCAGAGCGGUUCAAGGACAGCAAUCUGGACGAAAUUAAAAGCAUCACACUCGAGAUGGGCUCAGACGCUUUUCAUCACGGCGGAUUCCAGGCGACUCGUCCAACGACGGCGGUUGGAGCUCAGAUGGCGUGUAUGUAUGUUGCUGCUACUCAAUUGGUCGAUCGCCAAGUUCUGCCACCACAAUUUGCGAAGCAGUCGCUUGACCGCAACGAGAUCUGGUCCCUAGUUGAUAAGACAAGAUGCGUACAGAAUGAUAACCUGGGCGACGGCAAAUUCGCGCAACGAAUGACAGUGGAGUUUGCUGAUGGGGAGACCGCGACUGCAGAGGUCCAAAAUGCCCGCGGCGUUGACCCUGAGCUGUCGAAUGAGGAAGUAGUGACCAAGUGGAGGGACCUAACAAAAGAUAUACUCGACGAGGAGAGGCGGAAGAAGAUCGAGGAGCUCGUGCUCGGGCUCGAAACUUGUGAGGAUGUUGAUGCACUUAUCGAGCUGUUGACUCCUGUUGUGCCGUCAGUGCUGGCUUGA